CCUACGUAUCUGAAGCUCACUGGUUUCAAUUUAUUUUUUAACACACGACUAAUUUCUUUUACACCGUUUAAACAUGUAUUCGUGCACGUGUUGAAAAUUGAACAAUGUCAACGUUGAACGAGGAAUGAUUUAUGAAAUAGCCUGUCGAGUACCGUAGCAGUAUAUUAAUAAAAAAAAUUAUUUGAAACUCGUCAAGGAUGAGUACUAUACUAGAAAAAAUCGCCUCUAUCGAGGCCGAGAUGGCUCGAACGCAAAAAAAUAAAGCCACCUCUGGACACUUAGGGUUACUGAAAGCGAAGCUUGCCAAAUUAAGGCGAGAACUUAUCACUCCUAAAGGCGGUGGCGGAGGAGGUGAACAAGGCUUUGAAGUAGCCAAAACCGGUGAUGCAAGAAUCGGGUUUGUCGGAUUUCCAUCUGUUGGAAAAUCAACGCUACUCAGUACACUAGCUGGUGUUUAUUCUGAGGUUGCUGCUUACGAAUUUACAACCCUCACCACUGUUCCUGGGUGCAUUAAAUAUAAAGGAGCCAAAAUACAGCUUCUUGAUCUUCCUGGAAUUAUCGAGGGUGCAAAAGAUGGCAAAGGUCGAGGGAGGCAAGUCAUAGCAGUAGCGCGCACUUGCAGCCUCAUAUUCAUUGUGUUGGAUGUCCUUAAACCUCUUGGUCAUAAACGACUCAUCGAACAUGAACUUGAGGGGUUUGGUUUGCGGCUCAAUAAACAACCUCCAAAUCUCACAUUUAGAAAAAAAGAUAAAGGUGGAAUUAAUUUGCAAACCAUGGGCCCACAAUCUGAACUUGACUUAGAUACGGUGAAGUCUAUCCUAUCAGAAUACAAAAUUCACAACGCAGAUAUAACUCUACGUUAUGAUGCUACUUCAGAUGACCUUAUUGAUGUGAUAGAGGGCAAUCGUGUCUAUGUUCCCUGUAUUUACCUCCUCAAUAAAAUAGAUCAAAUUAGUAUCGAGGAGUUGGAUGUUAUUUAUAAAAUUCCACACUGCGUACCGAUCUCUGCCCACCACAAAUGGAACUUUGAUGAUCUAUUAGAAAAGAUGUGGGAGUAUCUACAACUCGUGAGAAUUUACACCAAACCAAAAGGUCAACUUCCUGACUAUAAUUCACCAGUUGUCUUGAAUAUUGACAGAAGAUCCGUCGAAGAUUUUUGUAACAAAUUACAUCGUUCGAUUGCCAAGGAGUUUAAAUACGCACUCGUCUGGGGCUCUUCUGUGAAGCAUCAGCCUCAAAAAGUUGGUAAAGAUCAUGUCUUGAGUGAUGAAGACGUUGUACAGGUUGUUAAAAGAGUGUGAUUCCGAUGGUGCGAAAUUUCAUGGCUCAAAUAAUGUGUUGAAGGUAUACCAAUAUCUAAAAAAAAUGAUGGGUGCAUCUCAAGAAAACUGUUUCGAUUUUAUUCGCCUAUCAAAGUAAUGAUCUUUUAACGUUUCAACAAACCCAGAUGAUUAUUACCAGUGUAAUUAUCUUAUGCAAAUCGCAUAAUUAUUUACAAAAACUGGCUUCAAGUAAUAAUACACAUAAAUUAGGGCAUAUAUUUUACAAAAGCCUCACAAAUUUUUCUUUUUUAAAUCAUUGUCUUGCUGUUAGGAAUAAGUGUUGAAUAAAAUAUGGGCUGGUACUAAAAAAUGUAAUGAUGCAUGUGUAUUCUAUGAUUUAGUUAAAAAAUUAGAUUUCAAACUUUGAAGGUGGGAUAUUACAAAAAUUCUUUCCACAGCUUAUGAUAUUGGCAGUUCAUUGUAAAUAUAAUGAUGAAAACAAACUAAA